GAGGCCCUGGCAGUCCAGCGUCUAUCUGCUCUUCAGAGUCAGCAAGGGCGCUCCUGGGGCCCCAGUCGGUCGCGCUCCCCCGGGAUGCGAGUCCCUGAGCCGACGCCCGGCAGAGGCCGGCACGGGCGCGGUUACUCCCCGUACACAGGGAUGAAGAUGUCCUGGGGGCCCCGGCGCCUCUCCACGGCCAGCCCCGCAGGCCCCUGAGGCCACCGCCCCAAACGCUCCGCUGCUGGGCUCCCAGAGCUGUUUGGGGCGCCCUCCCCAACUGCCAAGCCUCCUGCGGUCCUCCUUGACCCGGACCCAUGGAGCCGGCGGUGCUGGCCUCGCACAACCUCCCGCACCACGAGCCAAUCAGCUUCGGAAUCGAUCAGAUCCUGAGCUGCCCGGAACCCCCCGGGAGCGGCCUAGGCCCGGGUCGAGUGGGCCAGGGCCAUGGGGAGAGUGCGGCGUUCUCGGGUGGAUUUCACGGAGCCUCAAGCUACGGUCCCGCGGGCUCGCUGGCCCCGCUACCAGGCAGCUCUGGUGUGGGCCCGGGCGGCGUGAUCCGCGUCCCGGCGCACCGCCCGCUGCCAGUGCAGCCGCCCGCGGGAGGCGCGCCUGCUGUUCCUGGACCCUCGGGUUUGGGCGGCGCCGGGGGCCUAGCGGGACUCACCUUCCCUUGGAUGGACAGCGGCCGCCGCUAUGCCAAGGACCGGCUCACUGCGGCGCUUUCGCCCUUCUCCGGGACGCGCCGUAUAGGUCACCCCUACCAAAACCGGACCCCCCCAAAGCGGAAGAAGCCGCGCACAUCCUUCUCCCGCUCGCAGGUGCUGGAGCUGGAGCGGCGCUUCCUGCGCCAGAAGUACCUGGCCUCGGCCGAGAGGGCGGCGCUGGCCAAGGCCCUGCGCAUGACCGACGCGCAGGUCAAGACGUGGUUCCAGAACCGGCGCACCAAGUGGCGGCGCCAGACGGCCGAGGAGCGCGAGGCAGAGCGGCACCGUGCGGGCCGACUGCUUCUGCACCUCCAGCAGGACGCACUACCGCGGCCGCUACGGCCGCCGCUGCCCCCGGACCCGCUCUGCCUGCACAACUCGUCGCUCUUCGCGCUGCAGAACCUGCAGCCCUGGGCCGAGGACAACAAGGUGGCUUCCGUGUCCGGGCUCGCCUCAGUGGUGUGAGCGACGCCUGCCCGACCAGCCGAGCGCUCUUUUCCGGACCGAGGCGCCGCGUGGAGCCCCGGGCCCGGGGCCUUGGAGCGCACGGCCGCCCACCCCGUGGUUCCGUAGCAGUGGAGCGUGUGAGGAGGAGGUGGCCUUGAGGCUAUCGUCGAGGGCUCCUCGGCCGCUGCCGACUCCCAGGCCAGCGUUGCGCUGUUGCCCUGCGCGCUUAAUCAUGACCUUUCCCGCCAUUUUUCACUUAUUAGACUGUUGC